CGACCCCCACAGCAAGGUCUUCAGCAUGUUUCUGGAAACCCUGGUGGACUUCCUCCAAGUGCACAAAGACGACCUGCAGGACUGGCUCUUCGUGUUGCUGACUCAGCUGCUGAGAAAAUGGGGGCGGAUUUGCUCGGCUCCGUCCAGGCCAAAGUCCAGAAGGCCCUCGACAUCACCAGAGAGUCCUUCCCCAACGACCUGCAGUUCAACAUCCUGAUGAGGUUCACCGUGGACCAGACCCAAACGCCCAGCCUGAAGACAGUCCAGCCAAGCCUGCGGGACCAGCUGCGCUCCUGCCCCGGGAGCUCUAAGGUCAAAGUUGCCAUCCUCAAAUACAUCGAGACGUUGGCCCAGCAGAUGGAUCCGGGGGAUUUUGUCAACUCCAGCGAAACGCGCCUGGCUGUGUCUCGGAUCAUCACCUGGACCACGGAACCUAAGAGUUCUGACGUUCGCAAGGCGGCCCAGGCGGUGCUCAUCUCCUUGUUUGAGCUCAAUACUCCCGAGUUUACGAUGCUGCUGGGAGCUUUACCAAAAACCUUUCAGGAUGGUGCUACCAAACUCCUCCACAAUCACCUCCGCAACACCGGCGGCGGCGGCGGCGGCAGCCAGGGGUCGAUGGGGAGUCCCUUGACAAGGCCUAGUCCUCGCUCACCGGCCAAUUGGUCCAGUCCUCUUACGUCCCCCACCAAUACGGCCCAGAAUACCCUGUUGCCGAGCGCCUUCGACUACGACACGGAGAACAUGAACUCGGAGGACAUCUACAGCUCCCUGCGGGGCGUCACCGAGGCCAUCCAGAACUUCAGCUUCCGCAGCCAGGAGGACAUGAACGAGCCGCUGCGGAGGGAGCCCAAGAGGGAGAGCGACGGCGAGACGAUGGGCGGCGGGCCGGGCCUGGCUGACCCCCGCGCCGGCGGGGACGCCCCGGACGGCAAGCCCCCGCCGCUGGGCACGACGGCCCCCCACUCCUCGCCGCGCGCCCGGGACUACAACCCGUACAACUACGCCGACGGCGUCGGCCCCUUCAACAAGUCGGCCUUGAAGGAAGCCAUGUUCGACGACGAUGCCGACCAGUUUCCCGAUGACCUGUCCCUGGACCACUCAGACCUGGUGGCCGAGCUGCUCAAGGAGCUGUCCAACCACAACGAGCGCGUGGAGGAGCGCAAGAACGCCCUGUGCGAGCUGCUCAAGCUCACCCAGGAGGACGCGUUCGGGGUCUGGGACGAGCACUUCAAGACCAUCCUGCUGCUGCUGCUCGAGACACUGGGGGACAGAGAGCACUCAGUCCGAGCCUUGGCCCUCAGAGUGCUGCGAGAGAUCCUGAGGAACCAGCCGGCCCGCUUUAAGAACUACGCAGAGCUGACCAUCAUGAAGACCCUCGAGGCCCACAAGGACCCGCACAAAGAGGUGGUGCGGUCUGCCGAGGAGGCGGCGGCCAUGCUGGCCACGUCCAUCAGCCCCGAGCAGUGCAUCAAGGUGCUCUGCCCCAUCAUCCAGACGGCCGACUACCCCAUCAACCUGGCCGCCAUCAAGAUGCAGACCAAGGUGACCGAGCGCGUGUCCAGGGAGACGCUGGCCCAGCUGCUGCCCGAGAUCGUGCCCGGCCUCGUCCAGGGAUACGACAACUCGGAGAGCAGCGUCCGCAAGGCCUGCGUCUUCUGCCUCGUGGCCAUCCACGCGGUCAUCGGCGAGGAGCUGAAGCCCCACCUCAGCCAGCUCACGGGGAGCAAGAUGAAGCUGUUAAAUCUGUACAUCAAGCGCGCGCAGACGGGCUCGGGUGGGAGCGAUCCCGGCGUGGCGGCCGACGUGCCCGGGCAGAGCUAGCGAGCGGAGCGCGCCGAGGCCGAGCGGGCGUCCCCCUCGUUUGCCCGGGUGGCUGUGCGCAGCCUGCAUGUCCCCGUCACGUAGUGGUUCCGGCCAGGACGCAGUAUUACUCUCGGGUCAUGGACACGGAAGCCUUCCUCGCCCCUAAUCGUGCUCCGCCGCGCCUCGCGCCCCCACUAACCCCCGCCAGUGUUACGAGUGUCCCCUUUUUAAUACUGAUUAAACAGGAAUGCCGGAGCCUGUCCUCCACUGCUCUUCGGCCCUGGCCUCGCUGGAGGGGGCGGCGCACCCGGGGAGGGGCCGAGGCCCAAGCGAGAGAGGCCGGGGGCCGGCUCCUUGGCUCUCCCCCGGGCCGCCCUGCCUCCGCGGGACUCUCCGAGCCGGGCCUGCGCCGGACGCCGGGAGGCCUGGCCCCGGGUGCGAGGUCGGACGGGCCCCCCCAGAGCAGCCCGCCCCCCGGCACGGAGAUGGACAGACGGACUCCGAGCGAGCCGGGCACGACGCCCCGCCCUUUCUCUGGCGCCCCUUCAGGAUGAGCGCGCCGCCCCGCCCCAUGUCGCCUCAUUUUCUUCUCACCUUCCCGCCAUUGUGUAUUUAUGGUUCUGUGCUGCCCGUCGUGCAUACCUGCAAUAAAAUGUACAUAACGUUA